AUGAAGAAGCUGGAGGACCAGGCCGAGGAGGACCAGGUCGAGGCUGCCAUCAAGGCCAAGAACGAUGCCGAAGAAAAGGUUGGUGCUGCUGAGGCAAUAAACAAAGUCCUUCAAACCCAACUGAAAGAGGUUAAGGACAAAAUGGCUGAGGCCCAAAGGGAGCUUCAAGACGCCAUGGCUACCAAAGAGGCUGAAAUCAAGGCCGUCGACGAGAAGGGCUAUAAUAAAGGGGUGGCCGACGUCACGGCGGACUAUGAAAAGCAAGUGAAGCAGAGGAAGCAGAGAAAGCGCAGUACAUCUGAACUGAGAGCACCAGAACAGUGGUUCCCCCCAUCAGUGGACAGUUGGACUGAGACCCUCAUUGAGACAAAUCUGCCAGUAGUUCAGACAUAUCGAAGCAGUAUGACAACACCGACAAGAGUUGAGGAAAUGAUACGCCAGAUGCAGGAAACUAUGCGGGCCAUGCAGCAAGAUGCUGUCCGCCGGGAUGAGCUUGCUAAGCAACAAGCUGAGAUUAUGACCCAACAGGCUGAGCUUAUCACCCGACUGCAACAACAGAGCACAGCAUCUGCUUCACACCAAAUUCCUCCUCCGACAGGACCCCCAUUACCUGAGAAGGCUCCUGUUAUUCAGGACAUCCCUCCAAACACCCAGAAUACUAUACCGACUAUCCAAAAUCUGCAAGAGGACACAAGUCUUCCAACGGGGUCAGCCCCGCCCCCGAUUCCACCACAACUGUCCAAGGUCCAUACACCCAAUCACCCGGACUCUCCAUCCGAGGUCGAGGUUGAUCAAACACUGGACCAACCUGAAGCUUCCGGGAAGGACAGAGAAGCAGAAAGAUAG